GUGACUUCUGCUGAAUCGGACACAUACAAAUGCCACGCUGUGAAUGAAUUUGGCAAAGCUGUCUGCACGGCAACCUUGACUGUGAAUGACGCUUCGACAAAUCCUUCAGAUUUCAGGAAACUGCUGAGGAAAAGUAAAGUGGAGGAAAACCAACCAAUUCUACCAAAUGGGGAAACCGAAAUAAGAUUCUGGGAUGCAAUGUGUAACGCUGACAGGAGAGACUAUGAGCGCAUCUGCAAUGAGUUUGGUGUUAAAGACAUGGAGGCUGUUCUCAAGAGACUGGAGGAGAAGAAGAGGGAGAGGGCAAACAAUAAGUAUAAGGAUGGCGUGAUCCCAAGCGAUCCCUAUGAUGCAGAUGCAACAGAGAACCAGAACCUGAAGAGUGCUGACAGGGCGAAGGAUUUCAGUGUGACGAGCCUGAGGCAGAAGGACCCACGGCUGAAUCAGAUCGAUGUUGAAGAGUUCAACCUCCUCAACAGAGGGCUGAAUCAGGUGGAUGAAGAGGGCCAGCUCGUCCUUGCAGAAUAUAAACUUUCCACUCUGGACUUUGUUAUCAAAAUUCAGGAGGUUACUGCUCAAGAAAGAGAGGACGCCCUCUUCGAGUGCAUCCUGACACAUCCACUACCCAAGGUCAAAUGGAUUGGCAAGGGCAGCGCCCUGGAGGACGGAGAGAAGUACAGCAUUACUGUGUCGGACCACAAGCUGAUCCACAGGCUGCUGAUCAGGGACUGUGAGCCGCUGGACAAAGGCAUCUAUUCAGCUGUGGCUGGCAUUUCAACCUGCAGUGCCUGGCUGGUUGUGGAAGCUGACAGGGACCCUGCAUCUGCUGGUAAGAAGAUAGCCCGUAAAACUACCUUGGCUGGCGGAUCAAGGGUCGACCUUGAGAAAGUGGCCAGAGAACAACAAAUGAAAAACCGAGAGGAGAUUGAGAGGAUUUUAGCAUCGGUGAAAGCAAAACACGGGGAAGGACAACUGAGAGACGGAACGACAAUAACCACCGGUGGGAGUGAUGGCAAAAUAAGUGCAAUCACUGGAUCGGGUAAAAGCAACAGAGCGGGAAAGGACAAGACGAGAGGGAGCGGAGGGAACUCAAAGAGCAGAAACUUAAAAGGAGACGGCGCAGUAAUGACUUUAGAUGAUGUGGCAGAAGAAGAUCUGGUAGUCGACGGGCCAAAGAAAAAGAAACACAGCAGAUCUGGCCAAGCAGAUUUUGACAAGGUAACAGAUACAGACGAAGAAGGAUAUUCUGAAGAGAAUGAGGAAGUCAGUGGAUCUGCCAGUGACUCGAGAUGCAUAACGAAUGGUAAAGGGACGGGAUAUAGAAAAAUUGGGUCCAACGGCAAAAUUGUUGAUGUGGAAAACAAUUUAGCAAAUGAAGUGGCUGACUGGGAGGGAAAUAAAGACUCUGCUGGGUCAGUCAGAUGCAAUGGGGAAAAAAAGAAGGUGCACUGGAAGCAACAUACAUCUGACCCAAAUGAACCAGCAAGUGAAAAUGAAGAUGAAGCAAGCAACAGUGAUGAGGAGGAGGAGGAGGAGGAGGACGACUCUACAGGCCGGGCCACACGUUCACGUCGCUCCAAGCGAAGUCAACAGCAACAGAAAGGACUCAAUGGUGAAAGCACAGGUCCCAGUGAACACAGCGAGUGUGACGAGACCGAAGAAGCAACUGGCUCUGCCGCACACUCGAGGCGUAAAAGACACGGCCCGCUGAUCGAGGAUGCUGUGAUUGAUCCCGGGGUUCAGUUCAUCUGCGGUCUGUCUGAUGUCAACGCGAUCAUCAAUGAGACUGCUGAGUUAACAUGUAAGCUCAGCAGCGAAGACUGCGAGGGAGCGUGGUUCAGAGACGGCAAAAAGAUAUCCCCAGAUGACAAUUUUGCCAUCACUAAAGAUGGUGCAAUUCAUAAAUUAGUCAUAAGUGGCUGCAAGGAAGAGCACUCUGGGAAAUACCGAUUUGAGGCGGAUGGUCGUAAAACAGAGGCAGUGAUCAACGUCAGAGAUCCCCCAAGAGUCGGCCCUGAAGACCUAAGUGAUUUCAUUGAGCCCGUGACAGUUAAAGUGGGCCACAACGCCAUCUUCAAAGUGCAUUUUGUCGGCCAUGAGCCGAUAAAGAUUCAGUGGUACAAAGAGGGAGAAGAGCUGCAAGAUGGCACCAACACAAGGAUCGAGAAAUCUGCGAGUCGCAGCCGCUUGCUCCUGAGCAGGUGCCAGAGGAAGGACACGGGAGAGAUCAAGAUCAAGCUCAAGAACGAACACGGCUUCAUCGAGGCAAUUUCGCAGCUCAUUGUGCUCGAUAAACCCACUCCACCACUGGGUCCUGCGGAGGUAACAGAGAACUCACCGAUGUGUAUUGAAUUCAAGUGGAGGCCGCCAAAGGAUGAUGGUGGCUCUCCGGUGAUCAACUACGUAAUGGAGCGACAGCAAGUGGGACGCAACACCUGGAAGAAAUUAGGGGAAAUCCCAGGUGUGCCCAGCUACCGCGACACAAACGUGGAACACGGGCGGAAAUAUUGUUACCGCAUCCGGGCAGUAACUACAGAAGGCACGAGUGAGGUGAUGGAGACUGAUGAAAUGCAGGCCGGCACGCUGGCUUUCCCCGGCCCUCCAGCACCUCCGAAGGUGGUCAGCGCCUAUGACGACUGCGUCAACAUCUCCUGGGACUCACCAAGUAAUCGAGGAGGUUCGCGCAUCCUGGGCUACAUCGUGGAGAAACGCAAGAAGGGGAGUAAUCUCUGGACCGUUGUCAACGCCUUGGAUGAACUCAUAAAAGAGAAGAAAUAUGCAGUGAAAGAUGUGGUGGCAGGUAUGGAGUAUGAAUUCAGAGUUACUGCCAUAAACCUCUCAGGAGUGGGUGAAUUCAGCAGCCCAUCGGAGUUUGUUUUCGCACGAGACCCAAAGAAGCCUCCGGGUAAAGUUACGAGCCUGAAGGUGACAGAAACUUCUUACAGCCACAUUGUCCUGACUUGGACCAAGCCUGAGGACAGACCGGGGAUACAGGAUGAGGCGAAGGGAUAUUUUGUUGAGAUUCGGCAGGCAGAGUGCAUGGAAUGGUCCCGCUGCAACACCACCCCCAUCAUCACGACAUCCUACAGUGUGAAGGGCCUCAGGUCCAUGGACACGUACUGGUUGAGAGUGAUAGCGAUCAAUGAUGGUGGAGAGAGUGCUGCUGAGGAGCUGCCCAACUACGUCACAGCAAUGCCCUCACCUGUGAGGCCAAAGUUCACCAACCACAACAUGAAGAGUUUCAGGGUGGUGAGGGCAGGAAACUCUGUCAGAAUCAUAGUCAACUUUGAGGCCUCCCCACGGCCAGUCAUCAUGUGGCUGAAGGACAACGCGCCGGUGACAAAGCGAGUCACAGUCAGUAACUCUGAUGGCUCGUCCCAGCUGCUGAUCCCGUCCUCUGAGCGCUCUGAUUCGGGCAUCUACUCCAUUGUGGUGAAAAAUCUCGCAGGACAGGAGACAUUCAGUAUAGAGGUCCGGGUCACAGAUGAUCCAAAGCCUCCCGGACCGGUAGAACUGGAAGAAAACGUGCCCGGCACGGUGACGGUGAUCUGGGAGCCUUCUCCUGAUGAGAAGCGCGACGACCGCCUCCACUACACCGUGUCCAAACUGGACUCUACCAAACGCACAUGGACCACGGUGGCCGACAGACUCUUCAAUAACAAGUUCACCGUCUGCAAUAUCAUGCUCGGGAGGGAAUAUAACUUCAGGGUCUACGCCAAAAACGACAUGGGCAUAUCUGCACCCUCAGAGUCACCAACCUGGGGGAUGGAGAAGAAGAAGGAAAAGUUUGCGGUGAGUGUAUCGACCGGAAAGGACUGCGAUUUGCGAUGCGCUCCGACCUUCAUCGUGCCUCUUAAGCUCCACACCGCGCCCAAAGGCUACGAGUGCUACAUGAGCUGCGCGGUGAAGGGAAAUCCCCAACCUCACGUCACGUGGUACCGGAACCACAUCAGCCUGAACACCAACACCAACUACUACAUCUCCAACACCUGUGGAGUCUGCUCCAUGUUGAUUCUCCGCGUAGGCCCCAAAGACAUGGGAGAGUACACCAUCACGGCAGAGAACGCCCUUGGACGGGCCGAGUGCUCCACUGUCCUCAGUGUCAGAGAGUGAAGACACCAGGCAGCAGCACAGUACAAGCAGUAUUUAUUUAAAGGUUCAGAUAUCUAAUCCUUGAUGUUUGUGCACUCCUCCGAUGUGACACACCAGUGGCGAUAACAAAAAAAUGAGAUAUGGAGUUUGUUGGAUUGAGACUGAUAUGAAAAUAAAUAAAUUUCUCAAAUAAAAAAAAAAUGCAUUCCUGACUUAAAAUGUAUUCUUACUGUGUUUUUCCCAUCCAGUGUUUUAAAUCUGAUAAUUAGGUCAGUGAGUUCUGAUUGAUCAGCUGGCAAAAAAUAAUGGAAUUAACAAAAGUAUUUUUUUUAAAAAAGAAUAUAGAAUAUUUAUGUGAUGAGCUACUACAGAAAUAUCACAGCAAAAUAUAGCUUUAUCAUUUUACAGCAUUCAGCAGGCUUGUCAUAGUAGGAAAAGCACACAUUCAAUUAAAGUAUCCUAGAAAAGCUGUUAGUGUAACAGUGAACUAUCAUGCACAUCACCAACCUGAAACUGAAGCAGCUAAAUAUCAUUCAAUCAUCACUCACCCCAUUUUGUUAUUUCCAACAGCGGCGUUCUUCAGCCCCCUGUCCUGCAUGUUCUAGACGUUCUCCUGCUCCAGCACACCUGAGUAAAAUGAUCAGCUCGUCAUCAAGCUCUGCUGAAGCCUGAUAGCGACCCGCUCAUUUGAAUCAGGUGUGUCAGUGGGACCAGGACUGAAGAAACAGUGUCCUACUGUGAGCCACUUAGUCUGUAUUGAUAUUGUGUUAUUUACUGCACUCCAAAGCACACCCUGUUUUGAAAUGUAAUACAGAGGAAACAUAACAGAAGAAAUGUAACCAAAGUGGAUUUCUGCUGCUAUAAAUGUAUUUUUAGCUUGCUGUUGAAACAUGAUCAACAGGAAAUGGUCUAUUUUUUAAAAGCCCUGCACACCAACACACAUUUUUUAAAUUAGACCUAGAUAUAAGUUGGGUGGGAGGUGAUGAUGUCAGCUCAUGGGAUGGAUGGAGUUCAGAGUUCACCUUUAACUAUGUGAAUGUGCACGAUCAGCAACUCAGGGAGGUAUGACGGUGAAAACCGUUCUGUGUUCUGCCGGAGUCUUCAUGGAUCCAGGCAGACAACACACAGGUGUGAUCAAUAACAUUAACAAUGGCUCCAUUCCAUUUAGUAUCACAGUCAUGUCAAUGACAGAAAGUGCACAAUACCACAGCCCUGGUGCGACCUCACCUAAAUGGAAUGUGGCCAUCAUCAAUGUUAUGAAUUCCACUUGUGCUUCCUCUGCUUUUGACAAGUUAAAAUGUCUGCCAUGAAAAGUGUGUAUGGUCUGUGAUUUGGAAUAUGAGUGGUUGUAUGUAUGAAACUCUGUGACAGACUGCCAACUUUUCCAGGGUGUGUCUGCUGAUCGGCCAGCAGGAGCAAACUCCAGUCCACUACAACCCUGGAGAAGAUCAAUGUAUGGAUUAAUUUUCAUCAAGACACAAGUGGAACUGAUCCAUCAUGGAAACAACAAGGACCCAAUCCCCCAUUUCUAAAUAUAAAAUUGUUAACUGACAAAAUAAUAUUCAAAUACAAACAAAGUGAGACAAAAUGAGACUCGUAUGCAGCCCUAGUUGGCAGUAAUUAUAGCAGAAAGAAAGAAAUGCAUUUCUAAUGACCAUCAUUAUAAAGAGUACAUUUUUAGGUAAAUAAACUCUACCAACAGAAUUAGUAAUAAUUUUGACGUUAUGACUUCAAUUUAUUGUCCUGCAAACCAUG